UGGAGAUGUGCUCCGGAACCCUGUGAGUCUGGACUACUUCAAGCGCUUUCUGCGUUUCCACUAUGCCCAAGGAGCGCUGCUCUUCACACUGGAAGUAGAGAAGCUGAAAGCCAUCGACCGGCCCAAACCUCAGAAGAUCAAAAUCCUCGCCAUCGUGAAUAAGUUCUUACGCCGGGAGGACCCCAGUACAGUCGUCAAAUCCUUAUUCAUUAUUCCUGUCAGAUUCUGUCUAGAGUAGGGUCCUUGGCAACCUUUAGCCAAGCUGACAUCAAUGGUGGCGUUAUUCACUUUGCUGCUGAUAGUCUUAAAGGACUGUUUGUAUGACGCUGAAAGAGAUGUAUUGAAGUGAAAAGGCUAACACGACUAGUAUCCCUCUACAGUAAUAUAUUGGAGCUAUAGUAAAGUUUAAAGGCUAACUAGCAUCGUCCCACAGUGGGCUACCUGCAGUGCAGUGCUGACGUCAUCUCCCAGGCGGCUCAGAUGAGAACCGUUUCCUGUGAGGUUCUCUACACCAUCCAGGACCUGGUCACCAAGUCACUGGAAGGAACAUGGUUCAAGCAGUACCAAGACACGUUCCCACACUGUCCUGCUGUUGGCUCAGACUCUUGCCUGAGAGGAGCCAUACUGAAGACCAAACUGAAAAAUGUCUGGCUGGUGUUUUGCCGAUUCAUCAAGACAGUCUGUAAGUUUCAAACCGCCAUGAAGGAUCCUCGCACGAGGACUGAGUUUGAGCUGUACCUGAGAAUGAGCUACCGCCACUUCUCUGAAUCAUGUGACUCCCGUGCCCCUCCUAAAGACGAGGGGGAUACCUCCCACAUGAAGAGUCGGGUCAUUAACGGUAAAGUCAUCAUCAUUGACUUCCUCAUCAACGACCUAUCUUUUUACCUGGAGAGUGAGAGGUAA